GAAAUCUGCGGCUUCACUUCACGGGUCCUCUGGGGUCCUCGACGUGGCAGGAAUAAACAAAGAUGGCGGCGCAGCUCCGAGCCUCCUGGAGCUUGUUUGGAUAAUGGAAGCGUUAGAAUGACGACUUUCCCCGGUGAGUAGUCGGGACCGUCCCGAGUGGAGGACCGCUGCCGCCCUGCUCUGGCUGUUCUCGGUGUAAAGAAGUGAAAUGAGCGGCUGGGCCGGUUUUUCUGACGAGGAGCUGCGGAGGAUGCAGCUGAACGACUCGGCCGGGUCCGCAGGGGCAGCCCGCGGGCGGAAGCCGGCUCCAGCCAACCGGACCCGGCAGCAGUUACUGCGGGAGAGAGCCCUUCAGCUCGCCGCUCAGAAAGCCACAGGAGCCGGGAGCUCCGGCCUGCCCCCGGAGCAGCAACUCACCAAGCCGCCGCCGAAAGAACAGCCACCGGCCGUGGCUCCAGCCGGAGCUCCGGCUCCAGCAGGAGCUCCGGCUGGAGCUCCGGCUGUCAGACAAGAAGCUCAGCCGAAGUCCAGCGAGGUGAAGCAGAUUGAAAACCAUCAGCCGACCGCAGAGGAGCAAACCCCGGCUGUGAAAGAGCUGGAGAAACAAGAGGUGGAACUACGAGAGAAGUCGCGUCUGGAGCAGCUGCAGCAAGAACAGAAAGUCAUGGAAGAGGGGAAUAAACGCAAGAAAGCUCUGCUGGCAAAAACUAUAGCUGAGAAGUCCAAACAGACUCAGGCAGAAGCUGUGAAGCUGAAGAGGAUCCAGAAGGAGCUCCAGGCCCUUGACGACAUGGUGUCCAAUGAUAUCGGCAUCCUGAGAGAAAAGAUAGAACAGGCCAGCUGGAGCUACACCGCCGCCAGGAAACGCUACGAGAAGGCAGAGGCCGAGUACGUGACGGCCAAGCUGGACCUGCACAAGAAGACGGAGGUGAAGGAGCAGAUGACGGAGCACCUCUGUGCCAUCAUCCAGCAGAACGAGCUGCGUAAAGCCCACAAGCUGGAGGAGCUGAUGCAGCAGCUUCAUCUCCAGGCUACCGAGGAGGAGCUGGAGAGGCAGAAAGAGGAGGAAGAGGAGGAGGAGGAGAAGAAGACGAGGAGAAGCUGUGCGGAGAUGCAGAGAAACGGGAAGGAGGGUAAUGGUUUAGUGGCGAAGCAGGAAGGAGCAGUGCAAUCACCCGAAGACUCUAAACCGACAGAGGAGGAGAGUGUGAAGGAGGAGAGAGGAGGUGACGUCCAGGGAGAGUCCAAAACAAUGAGUGAACCACCAGAGACCAAACAGGACUGUGACACAUUAGAGAACGGCGUCCAGAGCGAGCCGGUGGUGUCCUGAUGGUCACAGAGCAGUUUGUCACCUCCUCUGUACAACAUCUGGACACGAUCACAUAUUCUCCACCGUGGGAUCAAAAUGAAACUGAGUUUGUCAGUGAGAGUCACAGCGUGAUGCAGGUCUGCUGAACAGUUUGUCUCGGUCUGGCAUCGAACCUUUAAGACUUCUGGUCCUGACCGAAGUGACUUCAUCCAAAUCUGUUCACUACAAACAGAUCGGCUGCCAUCAGGGUCUGGCACCGUGCUGCUCUGGUGCAGGAAAGAUGGAGGUGCAGUCUAUCACCUCAUCUGUCACAUGGUCACAAUUAAACCAAGAUGAGCGCUUUUGUCUUCAUCUAAACCGAGAACAGAGACACGAAGACGUCAAUCAAACUUCAGCUGCUGGAAAAACGUUGUGUAGGAAAACUAAUGAAAUGUGUUUUCAGCAAGAAUUUUCCACGCGAGUGUCGUAUAACAACAUUUAAAUAUGAGAAAGUCUUCCAACAGUAAUGUGUUCUGGAUCAGGUUCAGCAGUUUUUACUGUUGUAGCUGAACGUAGUUACCGUACCUGCACCACGGUCUCCACAGCCGGCGCACCAUCCUGGAACUGUUGUGUUUUGCGUUGAAGGUUUAAAGGUUUGACCACUGAGACACUUUGUGAUGAAGAAACUCUGAAGUUCAUACAAACAUGAACGUUCUGCCCAUGAGGUGAAGGAGACACUGGCUCCUGCAUCCACACCGAACGAGCCCGUUUGUUCAAGACGCCGAAAACUCUUUGAUUCUGGGCUGGAAAAAAAAAAAAAGAAUUAUCCAUGUAACUUUAAAAAUAAUUCUAAUUGCAUUUACUCAUGAUUCUUUGGAGGCGGGGUUUGUCCGAUGUCUAUUUUCAGAUUUUUAAUCAAUUGAUUGAAUUUAUUUGAUGCAGAAAAACACGGAGAUGAUGAAAAACAAUGAGAACACUUCAACAGAAACAUCAGUUAGAGGCGAGUUCACAAAUCUGAAUCGUAAACAUCUUUAGAUCACUCCAGGCUGCUUGUAUUUAUUUCAUAUCUGGGGACAUUGAUUUCUCUUGUCAAAUUUUUAUUUUAUCUUGUGUUAAUGAAUAUAUAUAAAUAUAUAUAUAUAAGAUAAAGAUCUCAGCACCAGAAUGAAGAACUCAGUCACGUUCAGAUGCAGAACAUACGUAAACGAAUCUCUCUGCAGAUGAUUGUCUCUGUGGUGAGGAGGAAUCACGGCUCCUGUUCACUUCCUGUAGGUGAGCGUGAGUCCGCGUUCUGACCCCUCGAGUGUCGUCGACGAGCAGCUGACGCUCCGUCUGUUUCACGGAGCUCAGUGUCGUCCUGUCGCUGCAGCAGCGGAGCCUCUGAGUGGUAAGACGAUAUCUGUUCAUAUUUGUACUCAGCUGCACACGAACAGUCUCUGUCGCUGCACAUGGAACAAAACACAAUAAUCAAGUUUGUGGCUCUUAGCUUGAACGUUCAAAAGUUAAUGGGGCAAAGAAAAGUUAUUUAAACUGGAAAUAUUUAAAAGGUGAGAGGGUUUAGAAUCGACACUACUGUUUGAUAUUUUACUAAAAUAAACUCUAAAA